AUGCUGCUAGUGUCACUUCCUGUCGUUCUGUGCCUAAGCUUAGAAAUAAUUGAGAAUUUGGAUAAAUAUGAAUUUGCGAGACGUUCCCUUCCGUCAUGUCCCAACAGUAAUGGUGAAAAUAGCAAUGGAGAGUCGACUGCUGCCCCCGGUGCCAUUCCACUUCCAGAGUCAGAAUAUCAAACCGGAAGUUGCGAGCCCAUUAUUGAAGAGCCGGCGUCGCCCAAGACUGCAUCUAAGGAAUUGUUAGAGAGAGACAUAGAAGAUUUUUGUCGUGACGAUGACGGUGAUGAGCUUCUAACUAUUAACCUCAGUCAAGCAAAAUCCUCAACAGGCUCGCAGAGACCUGUAAAUGGUGUUGGCAUGUCUGAAGAAAACACGGCAGCCUUAGUCACUUUACACGACGUUAUUUCCAUGCCCAAACUGAGAGAGGUGACCCGGUUGAGGACAGAGCACUAUGUAUAUGAGCUUCCGGAUUCACAUCCUCUCCUUAGAGAGUUACCAAAGCGCGAAGCGGAUGAUCCAUGCCCCUAUCUUCUUCUUGUACGGACUGAAGACGAAGGCGCGGAUUCAUCCAAGUCUCCUAACGGCGCAUGCGGUUCUUGUCUGGCUCUAGAAACUUGUAAUGAGCAGACUUGUCGAGAAGAGGGUCAUCCUACAAUAAAAGGAACACUUUUGAUCCCCUGUCGAACAUUUUUGAGGGCAAGAUUUCCGCUAAACGGAACAUACUUUCAAGUAAAUGAGGUUUUCGCCGAUCAUGAAUCAAGUCAUAAUCCUAUCGAUGUUCCCAGAAGUUGGAUAUGGAAUUUACGAAGGAGAAUUGUGUACUUUGGAACUUCAGCAACCUCAAUUUUUAAAGGAUUAAUCUUGGAGAAAAUUCAGUCUUGUUUUCGCUACGGAUUUAUUUGUGUACGAGGAGUUGAUCGGAAAACAGGAUUUCCUAAACCUUUAAUACCAAGAUUUCAUAGAGUAGCACAUAAGUCGCCUAAGGAGAAAAAGGACAAGUCGCCCAAGGAGAAAAAGGACAAGUCGCCUCAGGAGAAAAAGACAAAAAAGAGACUUAGAUAAAUGCUUUGGACAGCCAUAUAGCAUGUUAGUUUUGUGAUUAAACUAAAUUGAAUUCUCCAAUUAUA